AUGACGUCACGCGACCGAAGCGAAGACGGCCACGUUUGUGUUGGGCGCGGGGCGUUGACCGCGCCUAAAGGGAAGAAGGGCAAGUCGAGAGGGGCUCCGUUGCGCAUGCGCACACGGCUGCGCGGCAGUCCCACGGAGAUUAUUCUCAUUAAAGGACGGCCAGGUGAGCGGCUGGGGAAGAGGAGGCUGGGGAAGCGGCUGGGGAAGAGGAGGCGCGCAGAGGAGCCGGGAUGCGGCCGCUAUUGGCCGCCGGCGAGCGCGGACCCGCUCCCGCAGCCGGCCUUUGAAGUCUGUCUCCGGGCCUUUGAUCUUCGGCCCCGCCCCUCCCUUCCCGGGGGGAAGGGGGAGACCCCCGACGCCGGGUGCAUGGAUUACCAGCGGAAGAAGAAGCUGACCAACUUCACCAUCGGUCUGCUGUUCUUGGCCGGGGGCAUCGAAUAUGCGGUGAUCCUACCCACCAUCUGGGCUUACCUGCGGACGCUCGAUGCCGAACCGUACUUCCUGGGCCUGGCCAUCUCUGCCUUCAGCUUCGCCGGACUGAUCACGGGGCCGCUCUUUGGGUACUGGUCGGACCGGACCCGUCAAACAAAGGCUAUCAUCCUCUUUGCCAACUUGUUUCAGAUUGCUGGGAACUUCAUGUACUUUGUUGGAAGCUCCAAAUGGAUGAUUCUCAGCAGCCGGCUCGUGGCGGGCGUGGGGACCGGAGCGGGGGCUUCCAUCUUCGGCUACCUGACACGAUCCACCACUUUGCAAGAGCGCGCCACGGUGUUUGCGGCGGUCAUGGCUUGCCGGCAGGUUGGGCUGCUUAUCGGGCCGGCCUGCAACCUCUUCCUGUGUCUCUUCGACUUUCCAGUGGGGCCCUUUGUGGCCAACAAGUACACGUCGCCUGGGAUCUUCAUGUGCCUGGUGUGGCUGCUGCUUCAGUUCAUUGUGAUGACCAUGUACUACGACCUCCCAUUGUCGCCCCCUGCUUGCCCCGAGAGGGUUGUGCCCACGUCCUCGGACAUAUUGGAAGAGGAGGAGGAGGAGCCCUUGAUGCGCCAUGAGGCGGGCCAAGAGGAGGCGGUGGAGACGGGCAGCUACGGGAGCACCUGUGCAGAGCCCCUGGGGGAUGAGUGCCGUUACGUGUCCAACGGCCACCUGGCAGACGAGGAGGCAGCCAAAGUGAGAGAGGAGAAGGGCCCCUUUGGGAACUUCAGCGCCUGGAGAGAGUAUUUGAGGGAGGAAGUGGUGGUUCUGCUCACGGCCCAGUUCAUCACCCUCUUCAAUCAAACGGCCCUGGAGACCAUGGUGACGCCGAUCACCCAGCGGUACUUGAACUUUGGGGAGUUGGAGAACAGCCUCAUGUACUUCCUGUGCUGCGUGGAGGUCAUUUGUGGCUUCUUCCUGGUCCGCUGCCUCAGCUCCCGCUUGAAGGACCGGGUCAUCCUGGUGGUCGGCCUGGUCAUCUGCAACGUGGCCUGUGUCUGGUGCUUGGUCUUCCUGGGCCGGCCCCAAGGCAGCUUCGCUGUCCUCCUCACAGAGCUGGUGGUGGGCGUCUUCUUGCAGGUCUUGGGCCUGCCCUUCGUCGCCGUCUCCCAGGUGUCCCUCUUCUCAAAGGUCACGGCGGAGAGAACACAAGGGUUCAGCCAAGGUCUCCGCCGCUCUGUAGGGGGAAUCGCGACGAUCCUGGGGCCGCUGUGGGCCGGCAGCUUGACGGAGAACCUUUACAUCAUGCUUGGAGCCAUGAUGGUGCUGCUGACUUUGUUGAUGAUCAUGGUGGGGCUUUCCUAUGCUUACCUGGUCGAGCCAGCUGGGGGCGGAGUGCCUUCGGAAGCAGCCCGAGAUGAAUACCGCUCCAGCCGUGCAUGCCGUCACGACUUCCUCUGGCGGCAGGCCUACAUGCGCAGCGUGAUCAGAGAACACGGCUGGCUCUGGAAUCUCAAUCGGAGUCCUGGCUCCCUGCCGCCUUCUGUCCGGGAGGCAGACAAUGGCCCUACAGAUCUCGGCAGGCAGGCCUUUGAACUCAGGUGCUGGACCCCUGCCCAGUCCACACAGGCCUCCCCUCCUCCUCCAGCCUGGCGCAUCAACCCUUCGGAAAGAGGCUCGGCUUUGUCUAGGAUGACAGGAAGGUGA